CCUUUUCGCUUACAAAGUGGACUUUGGCCCCAAACUUCUCCCCACCGGUACGGUUGCAUUACAAUCAGCGAAGGUGUGUGUGAGCUGAGAGUCUUGCUACAAACGCUACGCAUAAAAGACUCAUCAGUUCGAGCACCGCACGCAACAUAACAUAGGUCGCGAAAGCGAGAUUUACUCGUAGCUUAAGCUUUGCUCCGUGACCGUCCAUACUACUAUUUGGCGACCAGCACACUCAUCUGCCGCUUUCUCAUCGAACACUGCCCCCGAAAGGAGAAAAAAAAUGAUUAAUACUGGAAAGCUAGCUGGACGUACGCUCUUCAUAACUGGAGCUUCUCGGGGCAUCGGAAAAGCGAUCGCACUGAGAGCGGCUCAAGAUGGAGCAAAUGUCGUGGUCGCGGCUAAGACAGCAGAUCCACAUCCGAAGCUUCCCGGCACAAUCUACACAGCAGCAAAGGAGAUCGAAGCUGCUGGUGGCAAGGCCCUUCCUUGCGUAGUGGAUGUGCGUGAUGAAGCAGCCGUUCGGACGGCGGUACAGAAUGCCGUGGCCAAGUUCGGUGGAAUCGAUAUCGUAAUCAAUAAUGCCAGUGCAAUCUCUCUAACGCCCACGGAACAAACCGAUAUGAAGCGAUACGAUCUUAUGCACCAGAUAAACACGCGUGGCACUUUCCUGGUAUCAAAAGAAUGCAUUCCUUACCUUCGCAAGAGCAACCAUGCACAUAUCCUGAACAUUUCACCACCGUUGAAUAUGGCCCCAAUUUGGUUCAGCAAUCAUGUCGCCUACACGAUGGCCAAGUACGGGAUGUCGAUGUGUGUUCUAGGUAUGGCGAAGGAGUUUGAGAGCGCCAACAUUGCCGUCAAUGCUCUCUGGCCACGCACGGCCAUCCACACGGCAGCCAUGGAGAUGUUGACGGGUAAGGAGAGCGAUCAAUUCUCCCGCAAACCAGAAAUCAUGGCCGAUGCGGCGUACGCUAUCCUUUCGAAGGAACCUCGCUUGGUCACGGGCAAAUUCAUGAUCGAUGACGAGGUCCUGAAAGCGGAAGGUAUUACGGACAUGAAACAGUACGCCUGCGUGCCCGAGAACGCCGACAAACUAAUGCCGGACUUUUUCCUCGACGUCGAGCCGGAAAAGCUGGUGGAGUUUGCGGCGGAAGGUAGCCAUGCAGCUUCAUUGAAGAAGCCGGCAGCUGCUGCUAAUGGCAAGAUUGAGGGACUGUUCCAGAAAAUCGAAAGUCUGCUCAGUGAAGAGAUCGUCCGCAAGACGGGAGCAGUGUACGAGUUCAAGGUGAAGGGAGAGGAGGCCGGUACGUGGUUCGCCGAUUUGAAGAAUGGUACCGGCAAGGUGGGUAAGGGUAACCCGCCGGCAACGGCCGAUGCGAUACUGACGAUGGAUUCCAAGCACUUCUUCGACAUGUUCACGGGCAAACUGAAGCCGGCAAAUGCAUUUAUGACGGGCAAGCUGAAGAUUUCCGGCGAUCUGCAGAAAGCGAUGAAGUUGGAAAAAUUGAUGGGUGGACUGAAGUCUAAGCUUUAAGCAAAAAGUGAGAAUAUGAGUGGGAAGGGGUGCAUCCGUUUGAUCACAUUAUUAUUUUCUUGAUUGGCAUGUAAGGGAAAAGUUUAAUAAAUAUUUUAAAUUUUCAUAACAUCA